AUGGACAAGAGUUGGAUGUUAAUUUCUGAUAGGUUCAGUCAGCCAUAUGUAGAUGGGGUGAACUCAUUUAUUGAAUUUGCAAAGGUUCAUUGGGGUGAGGCUAGGAAGAUUAAGUGUCCAUGCAUCAAUUGUUGUAACUUUUAUAAGCAGGAGUAUGAUAUUGUGAAGGCUCAUUUGCUCAUAAGUGGGAUGAUAGUAUCAUACAACCCUUGGUUAGAACACGGUGAACUUCCAGAACACAAUAACCUUGAUGAAAGCAAUGGUGAGAAUGACGAGGAUGAAGAUGAAUAUGAUGAACUAAUAGAGGACUAUCAAAGGGGGAAUUUUAUAGAGGAUGAUACUCUAGAAAGAGAGGAUGUACGACACUUUGAUAAAUUGUUAGAUGCUUCCCAAUGUUGCUUGUACCCAGGUUGCAAAAACUCGGAUACUUUGUUAUCAUUCGUUAUUCAGAUGCUACAUUUGAAGAUAGAAAAUAGGUGGAGCAAUAAGUCUUUUGACAAGGUUUUGGAGAUACAAAGGCGAUUCCUACCAGAAGGCCACGUGGUGCCACGGUCAAUUUACGAGUGCAAGAAGUCACUACGUGACUUAGGCUUGGGGUACGAGCCCAUCGAUGAAUGUAAACAUGAUUGUGUACUAUUCUGGAAGGAGAAUGCUCACUUGGAAAAAUGUCCCACAUGUCAAGCAUCUAGGUACAGAGUAAAUGAUAGCAAGGGUAAGAAGAUCCCUCACAAGAUAUUGCGUUACUUCCCAUUGACACCUAGGUUGAGAAGAUUGUACAUGUCUAGGAAGACGGCAAAAGACAUGAGAUGGCAUAGUGAUAAGCGUGUGGAUGAUGGUGUAGGGAGGCAUCCAGCUGAUUGUAAAGAGUGGAAAGAAUUUGAUUUGUAUUAUCCAGAGUUUGCCCAAGAGACUUGCAAUGUUAGGUUGGGGUUAGCCACUGAUAGGUUCAACCCUUUUGGGAACAUGAGCACUUCCUAUAGCAUGUGGCCUGUCAUACUAUGCCCUAUAACCUCCCACCUUGGAGAUGUAUGA